AUGGUGGAUUUGACCCGAAUGAGCCAGCCAAUCGACGCGCGGCAGCAGACCACAUCCGAUAUGACCAACAGCGGGAACUCAACGAACGACUACAAGGAUCGCUACCAGCGCUCGGCCGCUCGCUAUACUGGCGAUGCGGACCAAGUGCCUCAACGCCUGCUCAUGCCUAGUGUCAAUGACCCUCACUUAUUCCAAGUUCGAGUCAAGGCUGGUCGUGAAAAGGAAUUGGUGUUCAGUUUGAUGCGCAAAUACAUGGACAAGGAGCACACCAACAACCCACUCGAAAUCUUCUCUGCCUUCCAACGCGAUUCCCUCCCUGGUCUCAUCUAUGUCGAAGCACACGAUGCAAAGCAAGUCAGCACGGCCUUGAAUGGUCUGGUUGGUGCAUACGUUAGCAGUGGUAUCAAACUUGUGCCCAUCGAUGAAAUGUCGAGUCUGCUCAAGAUCAAACGAGUGGAGACCACUGUCCAACCUGGCGCCUGGGUCCGUAUUAAACGUGGCAAAUACGCUGGUGACCUUGCACAAGUAAUCGAUGUCACCGAAAACGGCGAAGAGGUUGGGCUCAAAUUCAUUCCUCGUAUUGACCUGACACCAAGAGAUGAUGCGAUGGGAGGUGGCGUCGAUCCCAAGACCGGAAAACGCAAAAAACCGGGAAUGUCCAUCCCAACUGGUCGCCCCCCUCAGCGUUUCUUCAACGUAGAAGAAGUUACCAAGGCCUAUGGUCCUCGUUCUGUUGGGCGGCGACAAGCCAAUGCUUAUGUCUUCAUGAACGACACAUACAAGGACGGAUUCAUCGAAAAAGACAUUCGGUUAUCUGGUAUUCAAACCGACAACAUCAACCCUACCCUUGAUGAAAUUGCCCAGUUUGCUAGAAUUCACGGAGAAGAUGGUGCUCCAGGGGAUGUCGACCUCUCAGCUAUUGCCGAGGCAUCUCGUAAGGCCGCAACGGCCGUACUCCAGCCUGGCGACCACGUCGAAGUCUUUGAAGGGGAACAAACAGGCGUGCACGGUGUAGUGGAGAGCAUUUCAGGUGAAAUUGUCUUGCUGCGGGCGACCCAUAUCGAUAUCGAAGGUCAAAAGAUCGAGGUUCCGGCUCGUAGUGUGCGGAAGCGGUUCAAGGCCGGUGAUCACGUCAAGGUAAUGGCCGGAAAAAAUACAGACGAGACGGGUCUAGUUGUGUCCGUAACCAACAAUGUGGUUACGUUCUUGUCAGAUUUGUCCCUCCAAGAGGUAACUGUAUUCUCUAAAGAUCUUCGCGAGGCCGCGGAAGUCGGAGCCAGCACCAACACGGUCGGAAACUACGAACUGCAUGAUCUCGUGUUGCUUGGGGCCGAUUCCGUGGGAGUCAUCUACAAGACAGAGCACUCCACCUUCCGAGUACUCGACCAAAAUGGCCAAACUCGCAUCGUGCAACCCCACCAAAUCACCCUCCGACGUGAUUCCAACAGAGCUAUCGCAACUGACGCCCACGGUCAUGAAAUUCGUGUACGGGACAAUAUGAAGGAAGUUGACGGCGAAAUGCGCAAGGGCCAAGUUCUCCAUAUCCAUCAAUCGACAUACGCAUUCCUGUUCAAUCGCGAAAUUGCCGAGAAUGGGGGUGUGUUUGUCACGCGAGCACGGUCGUUGGUUAGCGUUGCCCCCAAGGGUCCAGGAGCAGGAAUGGAUCUGAGCAAGAUGAAUCCGGCGAUGAUGGGCGGCGGGAUGGUUGGAAGCGGAAUCAUGACGCGAGCACCAAGGGACCGUUUGAUCGGUGUUCAUGUGAUGGUCACCAAAGGGUUGCAAAAAGGAUACGUCGGAACCGUAAAGGAGACCAACGGAAACUUGGUACGCGUAGAACUGGUCACAGGAAACAAGGUCAUUUCUAUCGAGAAGGAUAAACUUAGGAUGAAGGGUCCCGACGGCAAAUACAUCCCGAUUUCAGAUGGGUUCUCCCGACGUAACAAUGCGUCCAACAUGGGCCCGCCCACUUCGACACCCAACAGCGGCGCCAACAGUGGUUGGGGCACUCCCAGUGGUCGUGGAGGUGGAGCAGCUUCGCCUGGACGGACUCAGAACCCAUACCUUGCUGGAAGCAGAACACCUGGGUGGGGAGGCGACGGUUCAAGGACGCCCUUUGGAGGGGGAAAGACCCCCGUAUGGAAUUCUUCAGCUACUCCUAUGCACCAAUCUGGCUCAUUUGGCGGGAAAACACCAGGAGGAGCGGGUGCGACCAACGGCUCUUGGGGUGGUGCAACUCCCGGCAGGUCAACGUGGGGCGGAGCGACCCCUGGUCGACCUUCAGGACAAGGAGGAUGGGGUGGUGCUACCCCUGCUCGUUCUACCCCCUGGGGAGGUGCUACCCCUGCCAGAUCAUCGGGAAAUACCUGGGGAGGAGCAACUCCGGCAGCGAGCAAGGACUCAUGGGGUGGGGCCACUCCAGGACGACCAAAUGCAAGUGGGUCUGGGUCGGGCGGAGACUCGGGAGAGUGGUCUCCCUCUGGGGGGGACGAAUGGGGAGGAUCAGCCGAGACGCCUUAUACUGCUCCUACCCCAGGUGCAGGUCUCAUGUCCGCGCCAACGCCGGGGGCGCCCUUGUCUGCACCUACGCCAGGGGCCGGUGCGUUCUCGAGCGCGCCCACUCCUGCGUUCGGCUCUGGUUACGGGAGUGCACCUACCCCUGGCGUGUUUGGUAUGACGCCUGGAUACGGAGUUUCUCAGACACCUCGAGGUGCACCUACUCCUUUUGUCAGUGGCAGUGGAAUGGACGACGACGAGGGUGGAGGCCGCUCUGGCGAGAAGGGCUUACCCAAGGACUGGUUGAUGACUUUACCCGAAAACGUCCUAGUUGGCGCCAUACUCGAACGGCGCUAUGACGGACAAACCGCAGUCUUUGUCACACGCCUGGAUUCGGGCGCUCGUUACAGCCGUACGGUCACGGUCAAACUGCUGAGCAACGACGAAACUUUGGGUGGCGUGCCGUACGAAUAUCUCAAGGCGGUCGAGCCUCGUGACAACGAAUACGCGAUUUGCUUGGACCGUGGCCAUUCCUCGUUUGGUCGCACUGCAUUAGUGAGCUCCAAGGACGGCGAAGAUUGUAUGCUUGAAGUAUUCGAUGAGCACAUGAGUAACCCGGAUAUGGAGUUCCUCAAGGUGAACAUGAUUGUGAAGAAGCAUCAGACUUGA